CUCCUCCUCCUCCUCAUCGUCCUCUCUGUCCCGCCCUGUAUGCACCGCUCGACGACGUGCUCCGGACAACGCCGACCACCCCACCGCUUACGCCAUCUCUAAUAUCUCCACCACCAUUGAUUCGAACCAAGAAUUGCCCGGCCAGGCGAUCGGCAGCGCGUGAGAUUAACGGCGACUUCCGCUGCGGCCACUCACCUUUCACGAAAGAUCUCUUCCACCACACUCGUCGCGCUGGCUGAGCGCCAGUAAGACGACGCGCGCGCCUCCACCACACACACUCGUUUGACCACCCACCCCACGAAUCGCCAACAUGCUACGCCCCGCGACGCCACUGUCCGUCAUCUUCUUCGUCGCAUUCGUCCUCCUCCUCCUCAGCACGAUUUCCACACCCGUCGUGCGAGGAAUACCGCUGGGUCGCUUUCAGGGCUAUAAUUUUGGAGUGCUGGGGUGGUGCAAUGAUGAUGGACGGUGUACGGGAGCGCAGAUUGGGUAUAGCACAGAUACAGAGUCGGACUUUUCUCUCCCUUCUUCGACGCGAAACAGUCUCUCCUCGAUCCUUAUCGUUCACCCGAUCGCCGCUCUGCUCACGUUGAUCUGCUUCGGUCUCGCGGUGGCCGCUCACUUUCACGGUCCGAGCCAUUCUCCACGCUACCUCCUCGCGUUGCUGAUUCUCACGAUCCCGACUCUCCUCGUCGCUCUCCUCGCCUUCCUCGUCGACAUCCUCCUCUUUGUUCCGCAUUUACAAUGGGGCUCAUGGAUCGUGCUGGGAGCUACCAUCCUCAUCAUUGGUUCAAGUAUAGUAACUUGCGCGAUGCGUCGCACAUUGGUCAGUCGCAAGGCUCGGAAGAAGAGGAUUGCGGAGAAUGCGGAUAUGAAUGGGUCGACGUACUACGAGCAAAUGGCGGCGAAUCAAAUCAUGGCUGAGCAGCUGCCGAAAGCGGACAGUCCUCCGCCGAUGAGCGGUGAUACGAUGGUGAAUGACAGUGGAAAGCAAUUUGCGACAUUCGAGUCGAAAGCGCAUGCAGAUGGUGGGAGGAGAAGUACGGACGAUCAAACACCCUUGAAUCCUACACCGAGUAGAGCGGGUAUGGCAAUGGUAUGCCGCCGAGGAGACCCAGCAGAGAUCAAUAUGGUAAUAGGCGGCUACGGACCUCCACCGAGAGGGUACGGACCGCCGAGAGGACGUGGUGGAUAUGGGCCACCGAGAGGCGGCUUCCGCGGAGGUCCACCGCCGCCAGGCUGGAAUGGAAGAGGUAGAGGAUAUGGCCCUCCUCCUGGAAUGAUCGGUCGUGGAGGAAUGCCGCGACAAGGACCACCUCCUGGGUAUGCGAGCGAUCCGUACUAUGGCAACCCGCGUGGACCUCCGCCUGGGAUGCCGCAGCCUCCUCCGCCUGCACAUGAUCAAUACGCGCCGAUGGGCAUUGGACAAGCGAUUGAGAUGGACGAGAGGACCGGAAACGCAACUUUGCCGCAACCCGCAUAUGCGAGCAACAAUGAUCCGAGACGGCAUGACAGCGACUGGGGACCCGGUUCGAGCUUGUAUUCUGGGACGGACCCACGCCAUGACUCGAAUCAGCAGCAAUGGGCACAAUCACCCCUCAGCAUGCCCGAUGGUGCUCGCGACUCCGGCUCAACAGCCGACCACCAAUACUCCGGCACCCUCCCCUCUUCCCGCGCAUUACCUUCCGACCAAGCUUUACCACCUCUCCGCAAACCCGCCGACUCAGACACCUACUACGAAGACGUCGACCCCCGCUUCGCCGUCGACUCCCCCGUCCCCGCAAACCUCCUCCCCGGCCAAGCCACCACAACAGGCGGAGGCGGAGGAGGGGGAGGAGGCUACCACGCCACCUCCACCCCAGCACCGAAGCUUCACAUUUCACUUCCGUCUCCCAACGAGGCGUCAACCCCGCCUGGCGCCCUGGUCCAGGCAUGGCGAUAG